AUGAAGCGCCGGCCCUCCGCCAGCUGUCAACAACGUCCCAGCACCAGCGCCAGCAACACCAGCAGCACCAUGAUGACGAGCGUAGUGCCGUUGUGUCUAGCCGCCAUCGUCCUCGCGGCAGCUGCACACUCUGCUCAGCUUCCUAGUGAAAAAACUGUUCUGAUGGAUGCGCUCUUCUGCAGAAAGGGGUCUUACGAUCCCACCGAAUCGGCCUGCGUCUUCGGUGCAGUUGCACUACAACCAGACUUCGGGCCAAGACUGCCAAUGCUGCAGCGAGCUAACGCCGCUUUGGUUGCAGCGUGCGGCGUACCGAACCGGCGCCAGCGUAUCGUGGGCGGCAACGUGACGCGCGUCAACGAGUUCCCGUGGGUGGCGGCGCUGAGCCGGCGCGGCAAGUUCUACUGCGGCGGCACGCUCAUCUCCAGGCACCACGUCCUCACCGCCGCGCACUGCGUAGACGGGCUGCGGUCUCAGGACAUCCUGGUGACGCUGGGCGAGCACGACCGCGGCGUGCAGAACGAGAGCGCCAGCCUGGAGCGCGGCGUCGCCGACUGGCAGCGGCACGACAACUUCUCCAUCUUCACCUUCAACCACGACAUCGCGCUCAUCCGCCUCGACAAGCCCGUCGACUUCGGCACCAGCGUGCGCCCGGCCUGUCUCCCCGUAGACAACACGGCGGACUACACGGACCGCGUUGCCAUAGUGACCGGUUGGGGCCGCGUGGAGGAGCGCAAGCCGACGUCGGCGACGCUGCGCAAAGUGGCGGUGCCCAUCAUGUCCAUGGAGAAGUGCCGGCGCGCCGGCUACCCCAGCGAGCGCAUCACCGACAACAUGAUCUGCGCCGGCUACCCGCAGGGCAAGCGCGACGCCUGCCAGGGUGACAGCGGCGGCCCGCUCCAUGUGGACAACAAAAAUGGAAGCAUGGAAGUAAUCGGCAUUGUGUCGUGGGGUCGCGGGUGCGCGCGUCCCAACUACCCGGGCAUCUACACGCGGGUGGCCAACUACCUGCCGUGGCUGCACCAGCGCCUCGCCGGGGACUGCCUCUGCGCGCCUCCAUAGGCGAACCAACUGUCACUGCAUCCACCUGGGACAAGGAGUUCUACUCUCACGUUUGAAGCCACGUCUCGCCUCUUCACCAACUAAUUUAUUCGAGCACAUUAAGCAACUAAAUAAUUAUUUGCAUGUCUUAAUGCAAGUACGCAAAAAUUUUCUCUAAGAGAAAUAUUACACUCACUGUCUU